CCUACCCUGCAAUCGACCGAUCGAUCUCCACCCUCGGAUCGGAACGACUAACCCGAUCGCAUCCGUUCCCAAACUACAUUAUUCUCCUCUAUUUGGGCUUCGUCCCCUCCUCUCUCCCACCGGCGGCGGUGGUUCUCCUCUCCUCUCCUCUUCGACUCUCACUAUUCCACUGGCCGGGUAGUUUAUACUAGAGAGUGAAGAGUGAAGGAAGUGUUUUUGAAGAGAGGCACAGAGAGAAGAGAUGGAUUCAGACGAGGGGAAGCUCUUCAUUGGGGGGAUCUCGUGGGAGACCACCGAGGACAAGCUCAAGGAUCACUUCGGCAACUACGGCGAGGUUCUAGACGCUGUCAUCAUGAGGGACAAGGUCACAGGCCGGCCCAGGGGCUUCGGGUUCGUCGUCUUCGCGGAUCCCUCCCUCCUCGAUCGCGUUCUCCAGGACAACCACACCAUCGAUGGCCGCACCGUGGAUGCUAAAAGGGCUCUUUCAAGAGAAGAACAGCAAAUGUCUGCCAGAUCUGGCAAUACCACUUCUGGAAACCCCACUUCCGGAAGAUCAGCUGGAGCAGGUGCCGGUGCAAACAUAAGGACCAAAAAGAUUUUUGUUGGAGGUUUGCCUCCCACCCUAACAGAGGAUGGGUUUCGACAGUACUUCGAGUCCUUCGGCACUGUGACUGAUGCAGUUGUGAUGUAUGACCAAAACACCCAUCGCCCUCGAGGCUUUGGGUUCAUCUCCUUUGAUUCAGAAGAUACUGUAGAUAAAGUUCUUCAAAAGACUUUUCAUGAUUUGAAUGGCAAGCCUGUGGAAGUGAAGCGUGCCCUUCCAAAAGAUGCAAAUCCAAACACUGGCAGUGGGCGAUCAAUGGGAGGUGGAUCCCAUCAAUCUUAUGGUGGUUCGAGUGGUAAUGCUAGCUCUUAUGAUGGUAGACCGGAUGCCAAUAGGUACAUGCAACCUCAAGCACCAGCUUACAGCUCCUCUGCCUAUGGUGCACCUGGUUAUGGCUAUGGAACUGCAAACAGUGGUGUUGGUUAUGCCGGUUAUGGUGUUGGUGGCUAUGGAAGUGCCGGUGCUGGGUACAAUGGACCUGCUGGGGCCUACGGAAAUCCAAAUGCUCCUAUGGCUGGUUAUGUAGGUGGUCCUCCAGGUGCUCAAAGGAACCUUUGGAGUAAUCAGGCUCCAAGUGGUUAUGGCCCUGCAGGCUAUGGUGGAAGCGCGGCCUAUGGUCCAGCCGCCUCAUGGAAUGCUUCAGCUGCCAGUGGAGGAUCUGGUGCAGUGCCAACAGGUCAAAGUGGGACCCCUGGGUAUGUGAGUCAGGGUUAUGGUUAUGGUGCAUAUGGAGGAUCAGAAGGGCCUUAUGGUACUCAAGGGGGCUAUGGUUCUCUCGGCGGACGAGGCAGCAGUGGUCCAGGUGGUAGCCCUGCAGGCAAUACAGGAGAACAAGGAGCAGGUUCUGCUUACAUGGGUGGUAGUUAUGGAAUUCCUAAUGCAAACUCGGGUUAUCCAAAUGCUUGGAGGCCAGACCCUUCACAAGCAGGGCCCUAUGGAGCUUCUCAGGUGAAUGGGGCCCCUGGUGGUCCAGCUAGUUAUGGAGGUGGUUAUGGUGGCCCUCACGGCAGGCAAGUCCAACAGCAGUAACUAGAGGACUUAUGUUGCAAUGAAUCACCAUCUCUUCUGUGUUUCUUGGGCCAUUUUACCUGGCACUCAGCAGAGAAAGGCGAAAUUUAUCACUGGCUUGAUCUCAGUAGUUUAACUGCAACUCUCACUUGAUCUUAACAGUUUAAAUGCUAUUCUGCUCUAUUCGUAAUGUAGAAUUAGUAGUCCUGAGGAGUAGUAGAUACCUCAUAUUUCUAUCUUUGAAGUUUCUAGUACUUGGAUUUGGUGGUGUGAUUAGCUGUGUCUUUCAGUUCUAUAUUUUCGAGAAAAUUUAUCCAUCUGCCUCUAGUUUAAAUCUAGAGUAGCUUAUGGACCCUUGUGUUUUUGGAUGUUGCAGUUAACUGCAGUAUUUACUGUGCUGGCGAUAGUUAUCUACUAAGCAAAUUGGUAGAACUGGA